UCGAUAUUCCGAUCGAUCCAUUCCUUCUUUUGAUUGUAACAAUCGCUUUCGGAAAUGUCUUUGUUUUGACAUUUUUUUUUCUUUUCUUUUCUUUUCCUUUUUUCUUCUUUUUAACUCAUCGAUAAAGAUCGAUCGUCAAUCGUUUUUUUUUCUUUUUUCUUUCUGUUGAGGCGUUAUUUUUAAACGAGAAAAAAAAAUGAAUGCGUGCAAUCAAUCGCAUGGUAAAACAACACGAACGAUCGACUACACUCUCGAUGUUCUCUCUCACUCUUUGUUUCUCUCUUUUCCUUAUUCUUAUAUGUGUAUAUAUGUAUUUUUAUCCACAUUCUCGUCGACGUUGGAUCUCUGCUAUUGACUCGUGAUAAUUUCUUUUUUUGGUUAUCUUUGAAAAAAGAGAGGAAUUGAUCGAAUCCUUCCUUCGUCGAAUAUCAGAGAAAAUAUAUAUCGAAUGAUUAGUAGGAGGAAGAGGAGGAGGAGGAGAAAAAGUUUCGAUUAGAGAAAAGAAGUUGAGGAGGUUUAAAGACUGUAAAAAGAAAAGAAAAAGAACAAAAAAAAAAAUAAUAGAAAGAAAAAGAAAAAAAAAAGGAAAGCAAAGCGUUUGUCUUCGAAGAAUAUUAUUGUAACUCGAUCAGAAAUAAUUAUACCCGGCUGCUUAAUGUCGUUCCCACCGUACCAAGAUAAGAAACCGAUGAUACCAGAAAUCGAGGGUGCUCAAUACAUUCCCAUGCCAAUGACGAUACCUCCUUCUCCAUCGACGACUGCAUCGACACCGUCGACGAUGGAAAUGGCGUCGGGCCCAAUCGAUUACAGCUUGCCUAAAAGAUUAGAUCAGGAUGAUCGAUCUCCCAUAAAAGCCUGGAGCAGGUUGGAAUGGCUUUUAUCGGCGUUCAAGGCCAAUGGACAAAAGUGCAACAUGCAAACCGCUCUCGAAGCUACCUUUCGCGGUGACGAUCUUUUUUAUACGAGUCAAAGUCGAUCUCAAGGAUAUUCCCGAUUUCCUUCAUCCACGUCAUCUUCCAUAUCUUCUUCCAUGUCCUCCUUAUCGUCGAUCCCAUCAUCUUCGUCGUUUAUUAAGUCAUCCAAAUCAUCGAGAUCGUCCAAAUCAAAUCAUUCAUCCUCUUAUUAUCAACCAUCAUUUUCCUCGCAAUCGGUAUUCUCACCUCAACGAACAUUCCCAUCCUCGCGAUCAUCAUUCUCGUCAUUACCGUCAUUCUCGUCACAUUCAUCAUCCUCGAACGAAUCAUCAUCCUCUUCUGACCAAUCAGUUUUAAUGUAUUAUCGACGAAAAAAGGAACGCAAUUGUUCUUACAACAACACGAACGAUACGAAAGAUAGAAAAGGCUAGCAAAAAUUUUGUUAAUAUAUGUAGCUAUCGCCGAAAGAAAUAUUGCGACGUGACUGUAUUAUGUUCAUCUAUUACGAAAUCCAAAGAACGUAUUAAUUAAUAGCUGUAAAACAUCUUUACGAGGAAUACUCGUGAUUAAUGGGUGAAAUCAGAAGAAAAUAAAUUGAUGCGUCCGACAAAAUCGAAGAUUUAUCUAAUAUUUACAAUUGGCAGACAAAUUGAUAAUAGUAGUUAAUGGUAUAUUUGAAUGUUUUAUCCAUUUGUCGGAUGCGUCGUUUACUUCGUUGUAUUUAUACCAAAUUUUGCUAUACUAGUCAGUAAACUAAGCAAUGAGAUUGAGUUCCGUAGGAUAAAGAUAAACAUUAUUUAGAUAAUUACUUUAUAUCGUUAAGUUAAAAUUAUAUAAAAGACCAUGCAUGUUUGAUUAACCUUGAAGGAUAAAUGUCUCAAGGGAAAUACUCGUAAAAAGAUAUAGGAUAGAUCUGAAAUAGAUAUGUUAAAUUAUAUUGAAUGUCGACGAAAUGUCACGAUGGCAUUUAGAUAAAUUUAAUAAAAAGAUUGUGUUCUCUUUAAGUUUAAGACGCAAAAUAAUUUGUAAUAUAUUCGUUUCAAAGCGAAACAAUGGCUGACCCGCGUUACGUGUACGAUUUAAUUCAUGUAUUUAUGUAUGUUAUAUGUGAUUUUGGAAUCGUGGACCAAAUAUAAUAUAAAUCUAUAAAAAAAAAAUAUUAUGAGGUUGAGUGUGAAUGUAUAUUUUUUUUUCUAUUUCUCUUUAUAUAUAUAUAUAUAU